AUGCAUCUCAUGUACACCCUCGACCCAGCGGGAAAGCGCGUCUAUACCCUUAAGAAAGUCAUCGGUGGUGAGGUGACCAAGAGUGCGCAUCCAGCCAGAUUUUCGCCGGAUGAUAAAUAUUCUAGACAUAGAGUUACGUUGAAGAAGAGAUAUGGUUUGUUGCUUGUGCAGCAGAAGGAUCUCAAGGUUUUGGGCCAAUAA